AUGCUCAAAAAACUUUUUGGAAGCAACAAUACCUCUAAAAAUUAAGAAAAUUCUUCUUCGUCUUCUUAUGCUGAGAAUAAAGCUCCAUAAGAUAAUCAGAUAGAGUGCGAAAGAGUUUUGUAUGAAAUAAAAAAUUAAGAAGAGGUUUUUGAUAAAAAGAUAUAUAAGUAUAAUCAAAAAAUUGAUAUGCUGAAAGAAACUCUUAAAGAAUAAGUUUAAAAGGGUUAAAAAAGGUAAGCUACUUUUAAACUGAUGGAAAUUAAACAAUUAGAAGCCUAUAUUGAUAGAGCAGAAAAUUAAAAAACUGUUUUUUUGAAGGUACGUCUAUAGCUAGAGAAUGGAUUAGAUACCUCUAAUACCUAAGCAAUUUUAUCUUAAGCAGCUAAUAUUUUGAAAAAGCAAGAAAAUGAUGUUGAUAAAAUAGUCGAUAUUAUUGAUGAUUUAAAAGCCUUAGAAUAAGAUUAAGAAUAAGCCAACUUAGCAAUGAAGGAAUAUUUGCCUGAUAUGGAUGAAUUUGAAGCUGAAUUUGAAAGAAUCUUAUAAGAAGAAGUAUAUAAUGAUAACAAAUAGGUAGACAAAAAAAUAAACUCUUUGAAUUAGUAAUAAAAUAAAAUCUCAUAAUAAAUCAAUUAGAAUAAAGUUUUGGAACAAGAUUAAGAAUUCCAAAAAUAACUUUAAGACUAGUUACUUUGCUGA